CAACUCACUAAGCUCCAAUUUGGUCUUUGUUAUCAUUUGACGUUCGCAGCAUUCAGCUGAUAACUGAUAAAAAGGGGUAUAAAAAAUACAAAAGUUGAAAAUCGUCGUAAUUUUAGUGAACAAAAUAUUUCCAAAAAUAACCAUUAAAUGCGUGUUACCGAACCAAAACAAUUUACUUUAACAGCUAAGCUGCUGUAGCAGCCAUAAAUGAGUGUGGAAAGUCGGAAAAUACCUUCCUAUGCACAUCUUUGUAAUUUUUGAAAAAGGUUGAUUGCAGUAGAUGGCAGACCCGGAGCAGGCCACGAACGACAUGACACUUGAAACGAAAACCAAAGAGGUCGAGGUGGUAGUGAUACCUGAUGAUGAUGGUGCAACGUCUUCUUCGGCCGCAGGCUCUGAUGAGUCUAAUGGAAAGACAAAUGAACAACAAACACCAAACCCCACUAUAAAAAUUUCGGGUACAAACAAAAUAUCACCUUUGGCGUCUUUACCGGACGAGACUUUAACGCACACAUUGGGUAUAACUAAUGGUCUAGAUCAAUUCAAACCUAUAGUACCUUUUGAAGAACUGUCGUUCGAAGAAUGGUAUAUUUCACUUGAAAUGGUUUCAGAAAAUCGGUCAUGGCUCCUUUGGUGUGGUUUACAAAGUGAAGUGGCAAAACCGACUCGUGGCAGCAAAAGAGUUCAUGGCAAAUCCUGAUCAAGCCGAAGCAAUUGAAACAGAGGUCAGACAACUAUCUCGUGUGAGCCAUGCCAACAUUAUAGAACUUUAUGCGAUAACAGCCAAUCAGCACUCAGUAUACCUCAUAAUGGAAUUUAUUGAAGGUGGGUCAUUACACACCUUCCUGCAUGGCAAGGUGAAACCCUACUAUUCGACGGCACAUGCUAUGAGUUGGGCGCGCCAAUGUGCAGAGGGUGUCGCUUAUCUUCAUGCAAUGAAGCCGAAACCUUUAAUUCAUCGUGAUUUGAAGCCACUUAAUUUACUACUUACAAAUAAAGGACGUCAUUUGAAGAUUUGUGAUUUUGGAACUGUCGCGGAUCAGGCUACAAAAAUGACUAACAACAGGGGUACGGCUGUGUAUAUGGCGCCAGAGGUAUUCUCAUCAUGCAAGUAUGACGAGAAAUGUGAUGUUUUUAGUUGGGCCACAGUAUUGUGGGUGGUGCUAAUGCGACAACAGCCUUUUGCGGAGAUCACAAACGCUUACUCAAUACAGUGGCAAAUUCAUAAAGGCCAUCGUCCGCCAAUGAAUCCCAAAAUUCCUCAACCGAUACAAAAUCUUAUGCAAGCGUGUUGGCUCAAAGAACCCGCAGAACGUCCACCCAUGCAACAAGUGCUAACUUUUAUGAAUAGGCUAACUGCUGACUUGCCCGGUGCUGAUGAACCCUUGGAAUAUGAAUUUAAGCAUCUGCAGAUUGUCUGUACGGAUACUACACAUUCUACUGACAGUUAUCAACUUGAUUUUAGCAAUCUAAAAUCGGCUGAAAAUUCCAGCUCAUCGCUCGAUUUAACACCAACAAACUCUGCUAAUGAUACAAACUACUCCGAUUCUUCGCUGACGCCUACGAAUAGCACCGAAGGUCAUAUCGAUUUCAGAGUUCCACCGAUAACGCAAAUACCAACAGCACGUAUAUCAGGGUUAACACGUUGGGAUGCCAUUCCCGAAGAGUCUGAACGAUCAUUAUAUAGCCAAAGAGAUUAUUCUGAUAUAACGGAUAUUCGGGGAGACUUAUUCAAUCUCACGCCAUCACCCUCGGCAGUAAAACGGGAAGUUACUAUACGCGAGGGCAUGCCACAAAAAGUAAAUUUUAAUGGCAACCCAUUAAAAAUUGAUAUAGAUGAACGCGCAUGGGACUUAUAUUAUGCAAAUAGUGAUGGCAAAAAGGGACUCACCGUCACCGAAACAAAGUCUACGAAACAGAAUAACGUAAUGCCUGAAGGAGACUUCACUGCCCCCAUACACUAUGAUGCUAAUGAUAACGAUGACACUGACGACCCGUCGCUCGCUGAGAUGCUAGACCCCGAGCUACAACCUGAACAACCAAUACCCGACAACGAAGAGUCACAAUCAAUUUACAGAGAACACCGCCGUUUGGCCAAAGAAUACUUGCGGGUAGAUACAAGACUCUACUACGCACAGGACAUCAAGGAGAAAAUCCUUAUAGGUUUGGAUCCAGAAGAACGCCAAAAGAAACAAGAUAUGCUGAAGAAAAUUCAAGAGAAGCAAGAACUUCUGGAACUUCUGAACAACUUAAAACAACAACGCGAAAAUUUACUCGCCGAGCAGGCACGAACUGUGGGGCCGAAUGGCGCUGGCGGUGUACAACAACAGAUGGAUUUACUUGCCGCCAAUGCGAGAGCGGCCCAGUCCAGUAGUGGCGGCAGUGCGCUACAGCAGCAAGAAUUGCUGGCCGAUGACGGCUGGGUGGUCAUACAACCUAAUCAGAAUACGUAGUCGGGAGCAAUAUCACGUCAUAUUUAUUUAUAUUUUAAACUUCUAUUUUAAGCGACAGAUCCUUUCUGCUAAAAUAUUUCUUUUAACUGGAGAUCGAAUUUGUUUUGGAAAUUCUUCUUUUUAAAAUAUCUGUGCUGAGGAACCAGAAAUGGUCGGUUACAUUCAUUUGUAAUUCGAAUAUGUUUGUGGAACGUUUUAUUAAUGUAUUUGCUUUUAAAUCAGAUCACUUUGUAAUUGUAUGAAUGAGUGUCUAUAUGUCUAUAUCCAUUUGUGGACGUGUUUGGACAGUUGCCUUACAUUUGCAGGAGGCAUGCCGUAAACUUGUGUUUGUAUGUAAGUGUGUAUGUCUGAAGGCAUAAUUAUGUGUUAUUUGUUAUUCAAAUAUAAAACAAUGUCGCUAAAGGCAACAUGUAAACAAAU